AUGCCUGAGGAAGUGCACCAUGGAGAGGAGGAGGUGGAGACCUUUGCCUUUCAGGCAGAGAUUGCCCAACUUAUGUCUCUUAUCAUCAAUACCUUCUAUUCCAACAAGGAAAUUUUCCUUAGAGAGUUGAUCUCUAAUGCUUCUGAUGCAUUGGCCAAGAUUCGCUAUGAAAGCCUGACACACCCUUUCAAGCUGGACAGUGGCAAAGAGCUGAAAAUUGACAUCAUCCCUAACCCCCAGGAACGUACUUUGACUCUUGUGGACACAGGCAUUGGCAUGACCAAGGCUGAUCUCAUAAAUAACUUGGGAACAAUUGCCAAGUCUGGUACCAAAGCCUUUAUGGAGGCUCUGCAGGCUGGUGCAGACAUCUCCAUGAUUGGUCAGUUUGGUGUUGGCUUUUAUUCUGCCUAUCUGGUGGCAAAGAAAGUGGUAGUGAUCACAAAACACAAUGAUGAUGAGCAGUAUGCCUGGGAGUCUUCAGCUGGGGGCUCCUUCACAGUUUGUGCUGACCAUGGUGAGCCCAUUGGUCGGGGUACUAAAGUAAUUUUGCACCUUAAAGAAGACCAGACAGAAUACUUAGAAGAGAGACGAGUCAAAGAAGUAGUGAAGAAGCACUCACAGUUCAUAGGCUACCCCAUCACCCUCUAUCUGGAGAAAGAAAGAGAGAAGGAAAUCAGUGAUGAUGAGGCAGAAGAAGAGAAAGGUGAGAAAGAGGAAGAGAAGGAUAAUAAUAAAGCUGUUAAGGACCUGGUGGUGCUGCUGUUUGAAACCGCACUGCUCUCUUCUGGUUUCUCCCUUGAGGAUCCCCAGACUCACUCCAACCGCAUCUACCGCAUGAUCAAGCUAGGCUUAGGCAUUGAUGAAGAUGAGGUGACUGCUGAGGAACCCAGUGCUGCUGUUCCUUAUGAGAUCCCCCCACUCGAGGGUGAUGAGGAUGCAUCUCGCAUGGAAGAAGUCGAUUAA